CGCCAUUUUUUCAGAGACUUUCAUCCGGCUGUCGACGGGGUUUUUUUUCUUAAAGGAGAAGCGACAACUCAAAAAAUUUCCCCCUUCUUCCCGCAAGACCUGGCGGCGCUGGGGACAGAAAGGCCACACACAGGAAAGUGGGAUCGGGGUGGAGGCAGCAGAACGCCAAGGCUCCUUCCGCGGCUUAAGGAAGAAGGAUAGAAAGAGCCCUGUGGCAUUAGCGGCUCCUUAGGGAGGCAGGUGCGCGCGCAGCCAGUCCAGCGUGCGAGCAAGGCGGGGGAAAAGGUGCGUUUUCCUCCCACCAAUCUCCUCGCGGGACCUGCUCCUCCCACUGCCCCCAGCGCGCGCUGAGCUCGUGGCGCAGGGGGUGGGGGUGGAGGAAGGUCACUUUAGGAUUGUCGCGAGACACAGCCGUUUAACGGUGAGAACGGGUGCGCGGGGAAGGAAACCUCGCGCGCUCCCUUGGAGCCGUUUCCUGAUUGGUUGAAGGAAGGGGUGGGGGAGGGAACCGGGGACGUCGCUGCGUGAGAGACCACGAGGGGCAGGGCGAGGAAGCCGUCCCUCCUCUCCGAUUGGUCUGCUGAACGUCUGUGGCGGGCGCGCGCGCGCCGCCAGCGGUAGCGGGCCUUGAGUGGCAGGGGGCGGGGGGGGGCGCCCUCGGAGCCGGGCGGAGGGGAGGGGGGGAAAGAGGAGCGCAGAGUGAGAUUGAGCCGGACGCUCCGGGAGGCAAAGGGGGCGGGGGGAGCAGCGCCGCGGCUGCCGCCGCCUCCGCCUCCGCCGCCUGGGACGAGGGGGUGGGGGACGGACGAGCCCCGAUGCCGGGGGAGACGGAAGAGCCGAGACCCCCGGAGCAGCAGGACCAGGAAGGGGGAGAGGCGGCGGCGGCCAAGGCGGCUCCAGAGGAGCCCCAACAACAUAACCCUGCGGCGGCGGCGGCGGCGGCGCCUGCGGGGACCACUAGCAGCCGCGUGCUGAGGGGAGGUCGAGACCGGGGCCGGGCCGCUGCGGCCGCCGCCGCCGCCGCUGUGUCUCGCCGGAGGAAGGCCGAGUAUCCCCGCCGGCGGAGGAGCAGCCCCAGCGCCAGGCCUCCCGACGCCCCAGGGCAGCAGUCCCAGGCCGCGAAGCCCCCGUCUCCAGCUCAGGGCAAGAAGAGUCCGCGACUCCUAUGUGUAGACAAAGUAACAACUGACAAAGGGGGUUUUCCUGCAGUUCUUCUGGGCUCAUUGGGCAGCUGCAGUCACACAACAGCUGAAACGGCUGGACGGGGCAAGAUGGAUCCUAAGGAAGAGAAAGAGGAAGAAGAUGAUUCUACCCUCCCUCAGGAAGUUUCCGUUGCUGCAACUAGGCCUAGCCGGGGCUGGCGCAGCAGUAGCAGGACAUCUGUUUCUCGGCAUCUUGACACAGAGAACACCCGAAGUUCUAGGUCGAAGACUGGUUCAUUGCAGCUCAUCUGCAAGUCAGAACCCAAUACAGAUCAGCUUGAUUAUGAUGGAGCAGAAGAACAUCAGUCUCCAGGUGGCAUUAGUAGUGAUGAGGAGGAGGAAGAGGAAGAAGAGAUGUUAAUCAGUGAAGAGGAAAUACCAUUCAAAGAUGACCCAAGAGACGAGACCUACAAACCCCACUUAGAGAGGGAGACCCCAAAACCACGGAGAAAAUCAGGGAAGGUGAAAGAAGAGAAGGAGAAGAAAGAAAUUAAAGUGGAAGUAGAGGUAGAGGUGAAAGAAGAAGAGCAUGAAAUCAGGGAGGAUGAGGAACCUCCCAGGAAGAGAGGAAGAAGGCGAAAAGAUGACAAAAGUCCACGAUUGCCCAAAAGGAGAAAAAAGCCUCCAAUCCAGUAUGUCCGUUGUGAGAUGGAAGGAUGUGGAACUGUUCUUGCUCACCCUCGCUAUUUGCAGCACCACAUUAAGUAUCAGCAUUUGCUGAAGAAGAAAUAUGUAUGUCCUCAUCCCUCCUGUGGGCGAUUGUUCAGGCUCCAGAAGCAACUUCUACGACAUGCCAAACAUCAUACAGAUCAAAGGGAUUAUAUCUGUGAAUAUUGUGCUAGGGCCUUCAAGAGUUCUCACAAUCUGGCAGUCCACCGGAUGAUUCACACCGGCGAGAAGCCAUUACAAUGCGAGAUCUGUGGAUUUACGUGCCGGCAGAAGGCAUCCCUUAAUUGGCACAUGAAGAAGCAUGAUGCAGAUUCCUUCUACCAGUUCUCUUGCAAUAUCUGUGGCAAAAAAUUUGAGAAGAAGGACAGCGUAGUGGCACACAAAGCAAAAAGCCACCCUGAGGUGCUGAUUGCCGAAGCUCUGGCUGCCAAUGCAGGCGCCCUCAUCACCAGCACAGAUAUCUUGGGCACUAGCCCAGAGUCGCUGACACAACCUGCAGAUGGGCAGGGUCUUCCUCUUCUUCCUGAGCCAUUGGGAAACUCCACGUCUGGAGAGUGCCUCCUCCUAGAAGCUGAAGGGAUGUCAAAGUCAUACUGUAGUGGGACAGAACGGGUGAGCCUGAUGGCUGAUGGGAAGAUCUUUGUGGGAAGUGGCAGCAGUGGGGGCACUGAAGGGCUGGUCAUGAACUCGGAUAUACUCGGUGCUACCACAGAGGUUCUGAUUGAAGAUUCAGACUCUACUGGACCUUAGUGGAAGGGAAGACUUUGGGCAGUGGGACAGCUCAGACUUUGUAUUUAAAAGAUAAAAAGGACAAAAAAAAAUUUAAAGCAUUUAAAAUCUAGUAAAAUAACUGAAGGGCCUGCUCUUUCCAUUGUGAAUCACAGCACACACACCUAUACCCUUUCUUCUCCCUCUAUUGUCCCCUUUAUAAAAUUGAUGUUGCCUUUACCAAAAAGGUAGGCAAAAAAGAAGAAGCUCUUAAAGCGAGGGUUAUCCUCCUACUUGGUUCCAGCCAGGCAGACUUCCUGCUCACUGGCAGAUCCCUUCUUAAACCUGUAACUCUGAUGUGCUCUGGAUCAGCUUUUAACUCUUGAUAGUAUAUUAACUGUCCUCUAAACCCCUUCUCCUCUACUGCUGCCCUAUGGUUCUGGCUUCUACCCACUGCAGCACACUUACCCCCAAAGUAUCAUACAGUUCUAAUCUCUGGAGGCUGGCAGCUUGACUUGGCACUUUAGGCCCCUUUGCAGGGUGAGCUGUUAAAACAGCACACCCCUCUCACUCAACCCCAUUUCCUCCAUUCCCCGCUGGGUUUCAGAAAGGAAGGAUUCAUGGGGACCACCUCCCUCCUCUGUGACCCCAGCACUUCAGUCCCCUUCCACCACCUCCAUCUGGUUCUCAGUGGUGCUCACUAGCUUGGAAGCAGGCUCCCAACAGGGAGGGGGCUGCCCUCUGCAUGGUUUCUCUGACCAUAAGACAGGGCUCUGUAUCAGUGAGACAAGUCCCAGACUAAUGGCAGAAAUUUGCACUUUGAACAUGUGUGUUUUUGUGUUGUGGAACCCGAGAUUCCUUAUUUAUUAACGGAAAGUCUGAUUUUUUUUGGGCGGGGGGGCUUCGUUGCUAUAUUUUGUGGGGCUGGGAGAGAUUAGGUUAUUCUGACAUGGGGUCCUUUCCAUAAGAGGUACUUUAGCAGGCAGGAUAUAGGGUUGAAGAAGCACAGCCAGCCUCUAAAAUCAUAGCUCUCCAGUGGCCUUUAACGAAAACUGGUCCUCAGCACUAACAAAAUCACUACAGUAGCCUAGUGCUUUCUCGGAAGCCUUUUUAGGGAAGGAUGUUAGGUUUUUGGUAACUAGUGCUCUUUGAGUUCUUAGAGCAUUGAGAUUUAGAAAUUUUAAGGGGAUAAGAAGGGUUGUUCAGGGUCUGAAUUACAGAUAAAAGAUUUUUCUCUUGUGAAUUUAUUUCUUUUUUUAUCCCCAUUAUUUCUUUCUAGACCUUACUUUUGGCCCAAUUCUGGCCCCUUGCUUUGUUUUGGGUUUUGCUUUGCUUUAUCAUUGUUUCAUCCCAGAUCCCAAUUAGUGAAGGACACUACCAUUAGCGAAGAGAUAGUCUAUGACUUGUACAGUUUGAAGUCAAGGAAAAUCACUCUGUUUCCUUUUUAUAAAGAAGAACACUUCAGAAGGGGAAAGGCUUCCAUAGACAAAGUUAAUAAUCUGCAUAAUAAUGGCUUUGGCUUUCACCUAAAAUUCUGGGAAUUACCACUUCCAUUGAGAUAGGGAUUUUCUUGGGGUGGAUUGCUUAUUACUGGCCAUGGGAGAGGCAGGUGAUGUUUUUGUAUAAGUUUAUAACUCCCAGAAGACUUAAAAACUUAAUUUGGCUCAUUUUUAGAGAAUUAGAAGGGCAGUUUCUAUCCUGUGUACCUCACAAACUGGAAUUAAAGGCUUGCCCUAUUCAUUGUUUGUCAGAAAUGUGUGAUGGCUGUUGGAAAGAAUGAAGUUUUGCUGAGAGCAAAAUAGGGAACAGCUUGUUUUACACAAACACUAAAACUACAAAGUUUAUCAAUUUUCUCUUUGAUAUAUUUUUUCCCAAAAGAGGGGGUAACAAAAUGUCAUCUCUGAAAGAGGCUUACUUGACACCCACUAGCGUCAGUGGUUGGGAUGCCAGGGAAUAGGGCGUCAGACACCUACAGCGAACAGACUUAAAUGCACUAUUGUUUCUUUGCAGAGUGUUGCAGAUUUGCCAUCCCUCCAGUGUGGGGGUAGAAAAUGGAAUAAGGAUAGAAGGGAUGUAGAAUAUGCUUUCCUGCCCACAGUAAGGAUUUGGAAUUGACUUGGUAUGUUGAGUACAUUUGAACAUACUUAUCAGGUUGAUUGGGUGGGUUUACAACAAGGUUGUUCCACUCCCAUUAUAAGUCCAUUUUGUACUGUUUCACUAGCUCGCAUCUGUUCCCCACAUUUACUUUUGUCUCUGUCACAUUUACCUCCUUUGUCUCUGUAAGUUAUAUUCGCAGUGGUUAGUCAUCAGAUAUUUUAACCACCUACACAAAAGCAAACUGCAUAAAAAAACUUGAGAUUUAGGGAAAAUAUGCUCUUCCCUAUAUCACCCUCCUCCCCACCAAAGCAACAAGUUAGUUCUAAUAAUUAGAAACUUUCUUUUCUUCCUCCUUUUGUUUUUUGACCUCUUUGUAGGUAUCACUUGCCUAUAAUUUGCUUCAGUAAAUUAUUACAGCAGUUUGCAGUCAGUCUUAAAACACUCUCCAUGGACUUCAUCUUUUUUCCUUUUGAGAAAGAGAUGCUAGCACAAUAAAGAGUGGUGUAAGUAAGCUGUCUUAUACUAGGCCCUCUCCCUUCUGCCUGUCUGCUUCUCAUGCUCUUCACUUCUGUGUCCUUCCAAGGAGCCCUUUCAGUCUUAAAAUUCUGCAUUUUCUACUCUUAGUCAAAUUGAGUUACCUUUUUAAUAACUCUCCCCACUGCAUAUUCUCCAAUCUGAAUUGGCAGUUCAGAAUUCUAAAAAUGUAAUUGAAAUACAAGUAUUAUUUCUGGGAGAUGCGUUUUCCCCUAGUCUCUGGUUGUCCAAGGUUCUUCUGCAUAAUUGAGACUUACUAUGCUCCAGAGAGUUUGGAAAAACACUGGCCAGGAUUACUGGGAAUUAAAAAAGAAUUCAGGUAUGGAAAAGCAUCUACAUAGAGCACUUGAACCUCCUUUGUACCUGUUGGGAAAAAUAUAUAAAGAGUGUACUAAACCCGGCUAAGGCUAUUACAGUCUGGUUGUUUAAAGUACCAUUUUUCCUUCCUUUUUCCCACUUUUCAAUGUACUCAAGAAAAUUAAAAAAUUGUAAUGGAUCAAUUUAAAAUAUUUUUAUUUCCUAAAAGCCUUUUUUGCCUGUUGUAAUGUGCAGGACCCUUCUCCUUUGAUGGGAGAGACAGGUAGUUACCUGAAUCUAGGUUGAAAAGGUUAUGUAAAAAGAAAUUAUAAUAAAAGGGAUACUCUGCUUUUCAAAUCCUUGUUUUCUCUUAAUCUAAGUAAGGCAUAUCCAAAAUAAAUAUGUAAAGAAGAAAAAUAAAAGUUGUCUUCAUGGAAGCAACUUGUUUUCCUUGAUUGUACUGAGUUACAGUUAUCCAAAGGGUUAAAACAAUUGAUGCUGUUAACUGAGAGUCCAGUGGCCAGAGCAUGACGUUUAUGUAAAGGCAGGUGCUAUUGCUUCUCUCCGGCAGAGUUGAGAUCGUUCACUUCUGACUCUUCGUUCUUGAUCUCUAAUGCUGAGUUGCCAUAGGAUUCUGUGAUCAUCUGGCCAGCUUGGAAACUCCUCCUGUGUUUGAGCCUUCUGGAAAAGAUGGCCUUAUUAAUCUAGUAGAGAGCACUUUAAGGAUGCUGGGAGGUUUAUGUUAGUCUGAUAACGACAAAACCUUGAUAACAUUUAAUAUCAGUGCUUUUUCACAAAACUCCACGUCCACAGCCAGUACUAACUUUAAAAAAAAAAAAAAAAAGGAAAAAUAGAAUCCUCCUACCUUCU